CAGGUUGUCUCGAUAAAUCUCUCUUCAUUAGGAAUUAUUGUCGGCCGUUCAGCCAUGACGUCACUGGUGUCGACUUCUCAAUCUAUGUGCCAUCAUGGCUGGACGAAGAAGAGGGAAAACUUUCCACACUUCCAGGUGCACAGGCUUGAGGAACUUACUAUGGUGUAGAAAGGCUUCGGCAGCGGGAUCCCAAAUUAAAAGGCACCCAACUACUUGGGGGCCUAGGUAGUUGUGUCGAGACGUCUCACAACAUUCAAUCGCGUCCACACUGCAUCGAACGCCCAAACCUGUCAAACUGCUGACACUUCCCAAGCCAUCUUAUCAAAGCCACCCGACGUCACCUCAUGCACACUACCGUUUGACCAACAGUCCUUUCUGGGCCAGUCACGUCGGCACGCUGGCAUCCGGCUCCUUUGUUUGCGCGACUUGAUAUCCGGUUUACCGGGAUGUACCUGUUGGCAAACCUGGAAGCUCUGCCCGGGCUGGGCUGGCUGGCUGCCCGUAGCGCCAGGAACCUUGUCCGGAUCAGUCAUUGAUUUCGCUUACAUGCUCGUGAUUUUUAUUCCAUUACCACUGCACACCAAGUACAGCUCAAGGCAUCGCUGCAAAACACCAAGAUGGGAGGCGAACAGGAUCCAACCCCGGAGAAUAUGACCAUGAUGCAGGGCUUUGAAUGGUAUGUCCCCGCUGACCAGAAGCACUGGGUUCGCCUCGAGAAACACAUACCUCAGCUCAAGCAAUGGGGCAUCGACAACAUCUGGGUCCCACCAGGGUGCAAGGGCUCGUGCAAAGACGGAAAUGGGUAUGACAUCUAUGACCUUUACGACCUGGGCGAGUUCGACCAGAAAGGGACCGUCCCCACCAAAUGGGGCUCCAAGGAGGAGCUGGUCAGGAUGGCAAACACAGCCAAGGACAACGGCGUCGGUAUCUAUUGGGAUGCAGUCCUGAAUCACAAGUUUGCUGCUGAUCGCAAAGAGAAGUGCGAUGCAAAGGAGGUUGACCAGGAGGAUCGCAACAAAGACAUCAGCGAUACCUAUCAAAUCGAGGCUUGGGUCGGCUACACGUUUCCUGGGAGACGUGGCAAGUAUAGCAAAAUGAAGUACCACUGGUAUCAUUUCAGCGGUGUCGACUUCAACGCCAAGAAUGAAAAGAAUGCCAUCUACAAGAUCAUGGGCGACAAGGUCAAGGGCUGGGCAGACGAUGGAGACGUCGAUGGCGAGAAGGGAAACUACGAUUUUCUCAUGGGCUCAGAUCUUGACUACGAUCACCCAGAGGUCCAAGAAGAUGUUCUCAACUGGGGGAAGUGGCUGGCCUCUCAGAUCCCUCUCAAGGGAUUCCGCUUCGACGCCAUCAAGCACUACAGCGAAGACUUCCUGCGGAAAUUCAUCACCAACAUGGAUGACACAUAUGGCUCAGGCUGGUUCGUCGUGGGCGAGUUUUGGAAGGACAGCCUCCAAGACAUGGAGGGCUACCUCGACCGCAUGGGCAGGAAGUUUGCCCUCUUCGACGCUCCGCUAGUUUACAACUUCAGCGAGAUCAGCCAGGGCAACGGCGCAGACAUGCGCAAGGUCUUCGACGACACCCUUGUGCAAGCUGCGCCGAUUUGUGCGGUGACCCUCGUGAUGAACCACGACACCCAGCCAUACCAAGCCCUCGAGGCCCCAAUCGCAGACUGGUUCAAGCCCCUGGCCUACUCGCUCAUCCUCCUCCGCGACACGGGGUACCCCUGCGUCUGGUACGGCGACCUGUACGGCGUCGACCCCAAGGGCGAGAAGCAGUCCUUCCCGCCCUCGUGCGGCGGCGCGCUGCCAAAGCUCACCCUCGCCCGCAAGCUCUACGCCUACGGCCGGCAGGCCGAGUACUUCGACUACGCGACGUGCCUGGGCUUCGUCCGCUAUGGCACGUGGGACCGCCGCUUCGGGUGUGCUGUCGUGCUAUCGAACGCCGGUGCCGGGUCCAAGAGGAUGCAUGUCGGCGAGAUGCACGCCGGCGAGAAAUGGACGGACGUGCUUGACUGGAGCGACGCGGAGGUUGAGAUUGGGCAAGAUGGGUUUGGCGAGUUCGUAUGUGGGCAGUGCAGCGUGAGUGUGUUUGUGAACAAGGACGCUGAUGGGCGGGAGAAAUUUGGUCAGGAGUUUGACAGCAACAUCUACGAUAUUUGAAAAGCCCUAAAGGCUACCAUCAUUGCUCACUCCCAAGCCUGGGCUAACUAGACUAGACCGCGUAAGAGGACAUCCUUAUUAAUUGACCAAGUCGAUUAUGCUAUGCUAUGCGCUCAAUGUCGUUAUGUAAGUAGCCCGGGUAGAAUGAAACCACUAUUGUGUUGGCAUCAGCAGAAACCGGUGAUACCUAGGAGCCGAAUGACCUGACACUUGCAACGAUUCAGCCAUCACGGGCAUAGUCGACUUCAGGAGGUCAAGGCCAAGGCCAAUGUAUUAGCGUGUUGUGUUCGAUGUGGCGACCCAUAUGUCCUCGGGUCUCAGAAUGGGUGGCCUUUUAAGUAUAGAGACUUAUCGCCGGUGGUUGCGGUGCCACAAUUCGUUCAACCGCUUCAAUUGAUCCUCGCUGCUUUCCA